AUGGCAUUCAAAUUCGUAACUUUGUUCGCUGCUCUCGUAGCUGUUGCCAGCGCCGGUGUUGUCCCAGCCACUCCAUUAGCCGCCGUUGCCAAGGUCGAAGAAUACGAUCCCCAUCCCCAAUAUUCGUACGGUUAUGAUGUUAAAGAUGCCAUCUCUGGUGACUCCAAGACCGCCGUGGAAACCCGUGAUGGUGGUUUCGUUCAAGGUCAAUACUCUUUGAAUGAUGCUGAUGGUUACAGACGUAUUGUUGACUACACCUCCGAUCCCAUCAAUGGUUUCAAUGCUGUUGUCCGCCGUGAACCUUUGGUAGCUGCUGCUCCCAUUGUCAAGGCUGCCGUAGCUGCUCCCGUCGCUGCUUAUGCUACCGCUCCUUUCACCUAUGCUGCCCCAGCUGCUUAUGCUGCCACCCCUGUAGUCAAUACUGUUGCUCCAGCUCAUUUCGGAUAUGCUGCCCCAGCUCCUUAUGCUGCCGCCCCUGUAGUCAAGACUGUUGCUCCAGCUACCUUCGGUUAUGCUGCCCCAGCUGCUUAUGCCGCCUCUCCCGUAGUUAAGACUACCGUUGCUGGUCCAGCUGUCGUCAAAACUAGCUUCGCAUCUCCCCUUAUCUCUUACGCUUAUUAA